CCAAUUUGUUCGAGUCCAUAUUAUCCGGUAAAUCCUCAAGGCCAGCAAGGUGAGCCUGCGCUUAUGUCUAUGUGCGACAUGACUGUGCUGUAUUCUUGGCUUGACCGGUUCCAUGCCAUGGUUUCUCGCAGCUCGUCUUGACUCGCGCUUUCCGUAGCACGAUACUCAGACGAGCAGGUACUCACAUCGCAUUCGAUAGUGUUACCUUUUCAUCCUGCCUCUACCCUCAAUAAUUCAAAAUGGUCCGCGUCUCCGUUCUUAACGACUGCCUUAACAACAUCGUCAAUGCUGAGCGCCGGGGAAAGCGCCAGGUUCUUAUCAGACCUUCCUCGAAGGUCAUUGUGAAGUUCCUCUCUGUCAUGCAACGUCAUGGCUAUAUUGGUGAAUUCGAAAUCAUUGAUGAUCACCGCUCUGGCAAAAUUGUGAUCCAACUCAACGGCCGGCUCAACAAGACAGGUGUCAUCUCACCACGUUUCAAUGUUCAGGUGACCCAGAUCGAGUCCUGGGUUAACUUGCUCCUCCCUGCCCGUGGUUUCGGGAAAAUUAUAUUGACUACUUCGUCAGGAAUUCUUGAUCACGAGGAGGCUCGUCGCAAGAACGUUGGUGGGAAGCUUCUGGGAUAUGUCUACUAG